GUCUAGAUCUAGAUAUGCUAGAAUGAGAAAAGCGGACGGAUUCAGGUUUCUAUUCUCCAGGGACAAGAACAUAAAACCUAUUCCUUCCCUGGAAGGGAUUGAAAUAAGGAUGGGAGAGAGUAUGCUAUUGGAAGCUGCGAGGUCGGGAGAUGAAUCUCAGGUCCGGGUUCAUAUUAAAGAAGGAGCAGACGUCAACCAGGUUGAUAAACACGGAGAAACUGCUCUCAUUAUUGCUUCUUGUCUUGGAUAUGAAAAGGUUGUAGCGGAGCUACUGCAAGUUCCUGGAAUCCAGGUUAAUAAGAAAACACCUGAAGGUUGGACAGCUCUGGUAGCAGCUGCAGACAAGGGGCAUCACGCCGUGGUUCGUAAACUCCUGGAGCACCCAGAAACUGAUCCUAAUACUAGAGAUAAACAAGAGCAGACGGUGUUAAUGGGGUUGAGUGGUCUGCUAGAUCAUACUGCAGUUAUUCAUGAACUCCUGUCACACCCUGAUACAGAUAUUCUAGCUCAGGUAAUAUCAGCUUAAA